AUGGGGGCCGCUCCGUACUCUUUCUCCUUGGAAGAUUCAGUACACGAGAAGGAAGGAAGUGUGAAGCUCGAGGAAGGACAGAGUCCACCAUCCUCGGACUCUGAUAUCGCAGAUGAGUCGACGCCCACGGAACAACCGAAUGCUCAUCGCUACGUUACGGGCUGGCGCCUGUUCUGUCUCUUGUUUGGUGUAUCGCUCGCCAUCUUCCUAGCCAACCUCGAAGUAACCAUCGUUAGCACAUCCUUGAUUUCCAUUACCAACGACUUGAAUGGCUUCAGUCGGACUGGGUGGGUGGUGGUUGCCUAUCUCAUUACCUAUACUGGCUUCAUCAUCGUCUGGGCCAAACUAAGUGAUAUACUGGGCCGUAAAGUCUCUAUCAAUGCAGCGCUGUUGAUCUUUGUUGUGACUUCGGCACUAUGUGGUUCAGCGCAGAGCAUGACCGCUCUCAUCGUUUUCCGUUCGCUCCAGGGUAUUGGCGCUGCUGGCUGUUUCUCAGUCUCCAUGGUCAUCUUCUUCGAAAUGAUUCCGAAAGAGAAGUACGCAAAAUAUGGCAGCAUUCUUUCCGCUGAUGUGGCCUUGGCAACUGCCCUCGGUCCCAUAUUCGGUGGAUUGAUUGUAGACGGCACCACUUGGCGAUGGGUUUUCUUGCUAAAUGUUCCUGGAGGCUUGCUAGCAACAGCUAUUCUCGUCUUUCUGAUCCCUUCAGGCUUCCCUCACCACUGGAAACCGAAAUCUGAACAGUCUAAGGCACGCAUUUUCUCUAUGGAAUGCGUGGAGCGAGUCGAUUUUCUCGGAUCGCUGCUUCUAAUCGGAGCAAACCUGCUUCUUGUGACUGCCUUGCUAGAAGCCUCUACAACAUACUCUUGGUCUUCUGGAGUCACAAUUGCACUGAUUGUGCUCUCGGCAGUACUUUGGGUUCUAUUUGCAGGCUGGGAGUGGUUCGCUACAAAGGAUACAGUUAAACAGGAGCCUGUUUUCCCUUUCCGUUUCUUCUUCAACCGCGCAUGGAUGGGCAUGCUAAUAAACUCGGUUCUGCUUGGCGUACCAUUUACUGUCAUUGUAGUUGAUCUUCCGCAGCGAUUCCAGGCUAUCAACGGCGUUUCUGCUCUUAACGCAGGAGUUCGUCUGCUACCAUACGCCCUCUUCGCGCCUCUCGGAUCUCUCCUGUCGAACAUAAUUUUCGCCAAGAAGAGACUUCCACUGACACUCCUUCUAGCCGGCGCAACCUUCCAGUUCCUUGGGCUCAUUCUGCUGGCUACCCUGCCCGAGAAACCUGAUCUCCCUAAUUCUCUAUAUGGAUUUUUGGUCAUCGCCGGUCUUGGCGUAGGCCUAACUUUCGGGACUCUAGUAGUCAUCACUCCAGAAUCAGUAGAACCUCGCGAUCUAGCUACAGCGACGGGUGCUAUGAUCCAGUCGCGCCAAAUGGGUAGUGCAAUUGGCAUGACCAUCGGUUCCAGCAUCCUCAACAGCUACCUCAAGUCAAAUCUACGCCAUGUUCUAAGCGCGUCACAGCUGGAGGCUCUGUUGCAGACAACUGCAGUUGUGAAAACCUUUCCAGCUGAGCUUCAGUUGCCGGUCAAGCAGACAUUUGCAGAAGGUUAUAGUCUGCAGAUGAAAGUCGUUGCCGGAAUUGCCGCAGCAGAAUUUCUGGCGGUAGCCAUGAUGGUCAAAUUGAAGCAUAGAAAGUAG